AAAUUGUCUUAUUUAUAUAAAAACUAAAUCCACAAGAAUUUAUAAAUCAUUAACACAAGAUUGAUAAGAGAAAAACGACUCUAUUUUAGAAUAGACAAAAUUUUUAACGGUAACUAACGGAGUUAAACGGUUUGGUCAACGGAAAGUUUUGUUUUUUUUAACGGAAAAAAAUGGAACAAAAGUGAUUUAAAUGAUGUUUUUUCUUCUUCUGAUAGUUUACGAGAUUGACUCAAAAAGGAAAAUGGAAAAUCUCUGGGUCAUCUUCUUGCUCACAGCUACUUUGACCUUCUUCAUCACCAAGUUCCUAUGGAGUCAAAACCCUAAACUACCUCCAAGUCCUACUCCACUUCCGAUCAUCGGUCAUCUUCAUCUCAUCAAUAAGUAUCCUUUACCACAAGCUCUACAUCAUCUCUCUUCAAACUACGGCCCGGUUCUGUUCCUCAAAUUCGGAUGCCGUGAAGUUUUGAUCCUCUCUUCUCCAGAUUCCAUCGAAGAAUGCUUCACCAAUCACGACAUAGCCCUUGCGAAUCGUCCCAAGACCAUUACCUCCGAUCACUUCAGCUACGGCUACAAAAACUUUGGAUUUGCUCCUUAUGGCGAUCUCUGGCGGACUCUCCGUCGUCUCUCCACUCUCGAAGUCUUCUCCUCCGUCAGCUUACAGAAGAACUCUUCCAUACGAACUGAAGAAGUCUCCAAUCUCUGUUCGAGUCUCUUCAGAUUCUCCGGUGGUAAUUCUUGUAAAGUGGAUCUCAGGUAUCAAUUCACUCUUCUCACCGCUCACGUCAUGCUUAGAUUAGUAUCUGGAAAUCGCGGGGUCAAUGAGAGUGAUUCAGAAUCAGAGACGAAGUUCUUAGAUGAAUUCAAAUCAAGGUUUUUCUCGAGCCUAUCGUCGAUGAAUGUCUGUGACUAUUUCCCAGUGUUGAGAUGGAUUGGGUACAAAGGUCUUGAGAACAGAGUGAUUGAGAUACAGAGGAUGAGAGAUGAGUAUCUUCAGCGACUCAUUGAUGAUAUUCGAAUGAAGAAGUUUGAUUCCACUGGUUCAGUAGUGGAGAAAUUCUUGAAGCUUCAAGAAUCAGAACCUGAAUUUUACUCUGAUGAUGUUAUCAAAGGAAUUGUAGUGUUAAUGUUCAACGCCGGAUCGGAUACUUCACCGGUGACAAUGGAAUGGGCAAUGGCGCUUUUACUGAACCAUCCAGAUAAGCUUGACAAGGUCAGAGAAGAAAUCAAAUCUAAUGUUAAACACAAAGGGAUUAUACAAGACUCGGAUCUCUCAAGCUUACCUUAUCUUCGAUGUGUCAUCUAUGAGACGCUUAGGCUACACCCUGCAGCUCCUAUCUUGCCUCCUCACUGUUCAUCCAAGAGAUUCAACUUAGGCAACUACGAGAUCCCUGAAAAUACAGUGUUGUUGGUGAAUGCUUGGGCUGUUCAUAGGGACGGUGAGCUUUGGGAAGAAGCAGAUGUUUUCAAGCCGGAGAGAUUUGAAGAGUUUGUUGGCGAUAGAGAUGGUUUUAGGUUUUUGCCAUUUGGAGUUGGGAGGCGGGCGUGCCCUGCAGCUGGACUUGCAAUGAGGGUAGUGUCGCUUGCUGUUGGAGCAUUGGUUCAAUGUUUUGAGUGGGAGAAGGUAGAAAAAGAAGACAUAGACAUGAGGCCUGCGUUCAGUGUGGCAAUGGAUAGGGCUGAGCCGCUUAUUGCAUUGCUUAAGCCAUGCCCAGAAAUGGUUCCUAUCUUGUCUCAGCUCUAGUCUCCUCUGUGUUGGCCAAGAGAGUUGAUUUAGAGGAUGGUUUUUACAUAUAAAUAUUGAUAAUAAGGCGAAUGAAUGAUCAUAAAAGCACAAAUGGUUACCUAAAUUAUAUAAUGG